AUGGCGGUUACCAUCCAUGAAAACCCACCACCUUCCCACAAAGUCCGGCACUACACCAUCAGCAUCUCUUCCACCCACACCAUCUUCACCACCGUCACCUCCCACCCCGGCGCCGCACGCGAGUGGAUACACCGCACACUCCACCAACACCGCCGUAACCGCCACCGUCUGAUCAUCGGCCUUGGCGUCCAAUGGACUCCAAACACAAUCUGUCUGAUGAACAGCCCCGCCUCCACCAUCCAGCUCUGCAUCGGGUCUCGCUGCCUCAUCUUCCAGCUCCACCACUCUCUCUCCUCCCCACGCAUCCUUCGCCGCAUUCUCUUCGACACUCGUAACACCUUCGUUGGGUUAUGGAAUCACUCUGAUGCUUCGAAGCUUCUGGAGUGUGAUCAUAAGCUUGAGAUGGUGAAGGGUAUGCCGAUUGAUCUCAGGAAUCAUGUGUUUGACCGCCAUGGGAGGUCGCUUCAAGGUGGUUCGAUUGUUGACAUUGCUGCUCAAGUUCUGAAAAUUGAGAUUGAAUGGGAUCAUCAAACUUCAAUGACUGAUUGGGAGCUUCAUCAGCUUAGUCGCUCUCAAGUUCGUCAAGCUACUGUUGAUGCUUUUGUUGCUUUCGCCAUUGGUAUGGAUGUUCAAGCUUGGAAACUUAACAAUUAUAUCUGA